AAGUCGCGGCCACGACCACGCAGAAUCGUGCGGGAUCGGAAGAUCAUGGUGUCGUUCGACGUGUCGCUCUGCGCAUCGAGCCGCAUCGUCCGCGAGAAUGUAAAUAAAGCGCUUCUUAGCUGACCAGCCCGUCGAGUGUGAGAGUACGUCGCCACGAGGACCCGCAAUAUGCGCGCAUCCGAAUGCGCGACGAUAGCCGGCCCUACGAGCAAUCACCAAAGGUAGACGCGGGGAGAGGAUGUGCGAUAAUGUCAGUCGUUUCGGUUCAGAUCGAAUUGUCAUUGCGACGAUACCUAGAGUUUGGAGCAAAUGGAUCCGAAUAGAUCUGCCUUUGUGGAAAAUAGAGGAAUAAAGAUGAACAUCCCAUUGUACGGCGUUCUCGGAGCUGCCGCUACUCUGCUUGCUUACAUCUUCGGCAUAGGAACAAUUGUAAAACUUUUCAUCUGCUUGCUUGCGUUAAUUUUAGGGACAUUGAUUUGUAUAUAUAGAACAUAUUCACCGAAUCUCGAUAAUGUAAUUAAAUCUGAAAGGGAAGAUUUAACUAAGAAGACUGAAAAGUUCCGACAGUAUAUACUAGAUCUGUCUAAGGAGAAGAUGACAUUUACAUUAGAUAGAAGAAUAACUGGUAGUCGUAUCAUUGAUGAAUCCCUGCAAGAAAUCUUGGAUUUCUUGAUUAGAGAUUAUGUAGAACCAUGGUAUAAUGUUGUUACGGAUGAUAAGGAGUUUAUCUAUUCCGUUCGAGAUACUGCCCAAAAAAUUGCCAUCAAUGUAGCAAAUCGGGUCAAGAGUGUCGACUGGAUACCUUACUUGACUACACGACUCGUCGACGAUGCGGCCUCGCACGUCAGGUUGUAUCGACAAGCAAGCGCGAGGAUGAAGCAAUUACGAUCGAAUAGGGUUCAGAAAGGUAGUGCCAGCUCAAGCACAUCAGGCGGAACUCCGAAGAAGACUCCAACCCACCGGCGAAAUAAAAGCGAGACUGACGUAUCCUGGUACUCGCAGUCGAAAUUUUAUAUACCCAAUCUGUCAUCGCUUACCGAGCCAAUCGAAUCGUCUGGCGACGAAAAGGAGGACGAAUCGCUAGAAAAGAUAUUCUUUGAUCUCGAAGUGCAGAUGGAAAAUAAUUUGAUAUGCAGGGAUCUGGUAUGCAUGAACGAUACCCAGGAAUUGGAAUUCCUGGGCGAAAUCUCUGAAAUCCUGUUGUACCUGGUGCUACCCAAGGCUGACUUUGAUUGCUUGACUGUGAGAUUCGUCUUAAGGGAAUUGUUAGUGAACGUUAUAAUCAGACCGUUAUUGGAUCUAUUCUCUGAUCCUGAUUACAUUAAUCAGGCGUGUAUAUGGCUGUGUACUAAGGAUGGUGGUUUACCAAGUGAUAUCUUUUUAACAGUAAUUAGAAUAACGGACAAUUUAGACGAAUUAAUGGCGACGAAAAAUAUAGUUUGUAAAGAAAUAGCGCACUUGCGCUCAAAGGAUUCGGGCGGAGAUGAUCUGUCAGUGAAGCAACAGCUGAACAGUCUCGUUUACGUAAAAAAAAUUCUGGAAACGAGGAUUAUUGGCAUGCAGGAGGGCUUGGAAACAGAAACAGAUGGUAUUGGCGCUCAACCAGAGUGGAACAGAUUACUCAUACCUGGCCAAAAGUUAGUUAAUUUACCAUUAGAUGAAUUAUUAAAAAACAACAUCGCGCUCAGUUACUUCAUCGAUUAUAUGACCUCCAUAAAUGCAGAAGCGUAUCUCUUCUUUUAUCUAAAUAUCUAUGGAUGGCGGGUCUCGGCUGAGCAACAGAUAUCGGACAUUGAGUUACAAAAGAUUCAAAGUGCUCAAUCUGGCACGAGUAUGAUUGGUGCUAAACGCAAGAACGCAGAUCUAGAUAAUCUGAAGGAAGCAGCGACGAAAAUUUACCAACAAUAUCUUAGCGACAAAGCGUCACCCAAAUUGCAAUUGGACGAUACGCUAGUGAAAAGCUUGCUUACGAAAAUGAAAAUGGAAUCAGUGAAGGAAACAUGGUUUGACGAGCUGCGAAAUUGCUGCUACGAGAAACUGCAGAAUGAGGACAGAUUUCUACCAGGUUUUAAAAGAUCAUUGGCUUAUGUAAAACUACUCGCAGAAUUGGAUUUACUAAAGGAUCCAGUGUCCGAAGAUGACGCAAAAUCCUUGGACAGCAUAAGUUUAUCAAGCACGAACAACGAAUUGGACACUUUAGAAGAAUUAUCCGAAACAUAUAAAUCCGAUGACACAAAACUCGUAGUGAAGGACGGCGCUAAGAAGUCGAGUUCCUCGACAAGUUUAACGAGCAUAGGCGAGGCGAAUGAAAGUAGGGGAUCCGACGAAGUUGAUGCGGAUAUGGCCAAUCUCAAAAGCGCAAAAAACAUGCAUAUGGAGUCUACCACAGAGAUCGAACAAUUCAGUGAAAGGAAGGACAUUUCAUUUGACGUGGAGACCAAUGCGGAACAAUUCGUUAAGUUAGAUGAGAAUAAUUAUGACCAAAACGCGAUCAAAAAAUUGCAACAGGGUCAUUUCGAGAUCACUGCAACGAUCAUAGAAACUGGCAUCGUCAGCGAUCGCGGAAAAACUUACGGCAUAUAUGCAGUAGCGGUCACGAAGAAUUAUGAUUCGGGUUACAAAGAGAAAUGGCACAUCUACAGACGAUACUCCGACUUCUAUGAUUUGCACCAGAAGAUCAAAGAAAAGUAUUAUGAUCUGGCAAAAAUACCUUUUCCAGCAAAGAAGGCUUUUCAUAACAUGGAACGUACGGUGUUGGAGAGACGAAUGUUAAUGUUAAACGCGUGGUUGUGCCAACUAACGAAACCCGCGAUUAUGAACGGUCAUAUGGGAUUACAGAAUAUGUUGUUGUCCUUCUUGGAGCAAGGGGAUUACGAUAAAGGAGUCACUGGCGGGCAGAUCUCGAGAACGAUAGAUACUUUAAUGAAUCCCUUAAAGACAUCUAUGAAAAGCGUCACGCAGGCGGUUAAAACGAUGCCGGACAACAUGUUGAGUACCGUGGACGGCGUAAUGGACAACUUGAGCAAAUUUUUUGGUAAUCCUAAGAAGACGAGUAUAUUUUAUGAGAAUACCAAAGUCAGCGCCGGUCUCGAUACAGAGACCGAUGACAAUAUCCCGUUGCGAAUUAUGCUCCUGUUAAUGGAUGAGAUUUUUGAUCUGAAAGUGCGAAAUCAAUGGCUGAGACGGCGGAUCAUAACGCUACUGCGCCAAAUCAUUCGCACGAUGUUCGGAGACAUAGUGAAUCGAAGGAUAGUGGAGUACGUAUCGUUCAUGACCAGCCCGUCCAAAGUUGCGGGAUAUUUGCGUUUAUUCAAGAAUAGCUUCUGGCCGAAUGGCGUGAAGGCCGAAAGUAAACCGCCGCGAGAUACGGAAAUGAAGAAUAGAACACGAGUGGCAGCUAAGAUAGCUUUGCUUUCGUGUCUCUCGGACGAAUUGAAACAUAUCAUAGGCAGCGAGACGACGAGACGUGGCUUGUUAAGGGUGUUCGAAUUAUUUCAACAACCCGUACUAAACAGAAGGCUAUUGUACGUGUUGCUGGAAGGUAUCGUCGAGACUCUAUUCCCGCAGAACAAUCUAGUGACAAUUUUCAGGAAACUCUAUUCGGUCUCGCCGAGAGUGAAGAAUAAGAGUAAAACAAAGUCCUGAUGGAAGAAUAGGGCGGACUAAUGUCCGGAUGCAAUAGUAUGAGAGCGACUAUGCGGUCGAAAAAAAUCUGGGAUUAAAAUUUUCGACUUCAUUGAUCAAUCUUCAAUAACAUGCAUCUCUUCUCUUUGAAUAGCUUAGAAAUUUAUAAUAUUAAGAAAAUACUUAUGCAAAGUGUCCAACGUAAAAGAAACAUAUUUAAAAUAUUUGUGCCUUUAAUCCAUUGAGCUCUUAUUCCAUUUUUACUCUUUAUUUUCUCCGUUGAGAAAUAUAUUUGAAAAUUGAUAAAAUACUAUUUCUUUGCAAUUAAAUCUUCAAUUAUUUUUUGUAGGAAGAGUUCUCUUCAUAUUUUUCUUCUAUUUAAAAAAUAAUAUUUGUACCAUAUGUAUUAUAAUAUAUGUAUAUUAAUUGUAACAUGUACUUAAUAUGAGUAUGAGUCAAGUAGUCUGGACUAGUAUUCGUGACUAAGUGUCUAGAGACUUCACAAUUUUUUAUCGUACCGUUUCUAUCGAGGCAAAGAGAUAAAGUGCUGAAUGCAGAGCUCAAUAGGCUAAAGAGUCGUCGAUUGUUACGCUUAUUAUGAUAUUAUUGAAUGUUUAGUCUCUCCAACCAGUUCUCUAAGCUGCAGUAUGCAUAAGUAUGCCAUUGCAUCGGACACCCGUCGCGCCUACAGCUUUCGACAGGGAACAAAAUGAAAGUCGUACGCUUUCAUAUUUUGAUGAUUUAUACGUUCAACGAUGCGCACGUCGGAAAAGUUACAUUUUGUUGAUUUUCCUUGUUAAGCGAUGUAAAAAAACUUUGGAAUAUUUUCCAUGGAACAAAAAUAUCUCAAAAUAUUGAAACUGAAGAUUUGUAAAUGUAAUAUAACGCAAAAAUAAGCAACUUUUGAGAAUAAAAGAUAACAUGAUAUUAUCUAGAUCUGAGAGAAAAUAUAAAUUAUACUGGAAAACGCUAAAAAUUAAGAUAUUAAUUUUUAAAAGCAAGCUUAAAACUCAGUUUGCUUACUUACUGUCUUUCUCUAUUAUUAGGUCACUCAAAUAGAUUAUUUCUUACGUAAUAUGUACAAUAAUAAUAAGACUUUCCUAUGUUUGUUAAAUGCAAUAAAAAAUUGUCUUUAAAAUAAGUAAUACUCAACGAAUGGCUGACUGCGUGAUAGAGAGUCAGGCAAUGUAAAACUUUUCCAGACGUGUGCAACUAUUCUAAGUGAUCUAGUGGCCAAAAAGUACGAUAUAUACGAAUUUCAAUUGUGUAACCGAGUCUAUAACUCGGGCUCUGUUACUGUCAUCGUAUUAAUAUAGGGUAAAACGAAAAGAAACUCACGAAUUCCUUGUGAUUACCUCGUAGGGGAAUGCAAUAAGGUUUAUGGAAACAUUCCACUUGCAUUUUAAGCGACACCGGCUAGUUAGUUAAUUAUCCUUUUUACAACUGUCCUUGAAACUACAACGUACUACGUAGACGUAAGUAGAACACCAUACAUCACCAAUUUACUUAAGUUCUAGACGAUGCGAAGUGACGCGAAGAAUGCGAUCAAUUUAGACGUACAAUUACCGCCGAUAUUAUACUUAAUUAUUUAUGUUGGACUAUACUAAAGUUUAUUUGUGCCAUUCGAUUAAACACUAUUUAUUUUUUAACGAAAAAUUACUGGCAGUCUCGAUGGCGCCCUUUAGACAUUUUUCUGGAAAUUUAUGAGGACUUAUUCCGUUAAAGAUGCGAAACGCAAUUGUAUAAACUUGUUGUACAUUACUCUAUCGUACAUUUGUAUAAAAAAUUAUUUCUAUCUCAUGUUAAAACGCCAUACACUUAUCACGUUUACUUAUUAAAGAAACUAUUUAUAA